UCGUAGAGAGAGGAAUUUCGUUUCAUUAGUUCUCGAAUGUCUUAUAAGAUCGCAUAUUGUAUUGCAUUAUUCUUGGAAUUAAUUUAAUCUUUUACGUGUUACUGUCUCAAAAAUGUAUUUUAAUGUUGAUUUGUUAUUUGUUUAAGAUUUGUUUACAUUUUUGUGAGUGACUCUAAAAUUAAUUUUCUUUUUAUGACAUAGCAAUAUCAAUUGACUUAUUGUUAUGUUUAUCAUGUGCGGUGUUUUGAUUAAACAAUCAUUGUGACAUUCAUGCAUUUUUAUUCUAAUGCCGACUUUUUUGGACCGGACGCUAGCCGAAAUAACGUAAUAUCUGACUGGAUGUUACAGUCGUUGAUGAGAGAGAUGUCUAAACCAGAAAAUAAUGUCAAUGCUUUGUCUUGGCGUCGACUUCAUUUAAGUAGAGCCAAAUUAAAAGCUUCCAGUCGUACUUCGGCACUUUUGUCCGGUUUCGCAAUGGUGGCCAUGGUAGAAGUACAGUUAUCAAAGCAUGUACCUACAAGUUUACUGAUAGCAUUUAGUAUAUGCACCACCCUUUUAGUUGCAGUUCACCUGUUGGCUUUAAUGAUUUCAACUUGUAUUUUACCGAAUGUUGAAGCAGUUGCCAGUAUUCAUGGUUUAGCUGCAGUUUCAGAAUCUCCUCAUGAAAAGAUGCAUCGUUAUAUUGAGGCUGCAUGGGCUUGUUCAACAGUAUUCGGAAUUCUGCUUUUCCUUGCAGAAAUAGCAAUCCUUUCCUGGGUUAAGUUUUAUGAUUAUAGCAUAUCCGCUGCAGCGGCUGCAACUGUCAUACUUAUUCCUGUUGUUAUUAUAUUUGUUGUAUUUGCUGUACAUUUCUAUCGAAAACUUGUUGCACAUAAAUACGAGAGAUCUACUCAAGGACUUCGCGAGCUAGAAACGAUGGUCACUCAAUUGCAAAAUAAUGGAACAGAAUUAUCAACUAAUGGUCCCUUUGUGAUGACUGUGUAAUCUUGAAAUUGUUAUAUCUCUGUAAAAUAUAUUUAAAAAAAUCCUCAGCAUUUAUUUUUAUCAUAUAGUAUUGUACAGAUGUAAAAAAAAAAAAAGAUAAAAAGGAAAAAUAAAUUUGUAUAUUUUAA